AUGAUAUCAACUCUUCAUUUUAUUCCACAACCAGGAAUUGAUGACAAUAUUCCUGAUAAAGGGAUAGUAAAACAAUACUACAAGGCACCAUCUCCAAAUGACUUUAAAGACUUGAAACGUAAAUGCAGUCCCUUUCUUCUCUUUCGUAAAAAGGUUAAUGAGGCAAUUCAAAAAAGUGGGAGAGUAAGAAGUGCCGGUAACAUUUCUAAAAUCGCUGCUGAAUUAUGGGAAGAAACACCUCCUAAUGAAAAAGAGAUAUACAAUCGAUUAUCUCGCCAAAACGUCGUUUGGUUAAAUACUACUACAGUACAGCAACCUCAAACACAAAUUGCUAAGGUGGUUGAACCCAAGUCUUUUAGCCCAUCAAUACAACAACCGCAAAUGCAAAUCGUUAAAGUGGCUGAAUCCGAGUCUAUUACCUCUCCAAUACAACAACCAGAAACGUCAAUUCCUAAAGUGGAUAAGCCGGAAUUUUUUAUAUAUUCCAAAGAUGUUUGGACAAACGAAGAGUCAAGGUUAUUUGGAGUGCCGCUAUGA